AUGAUCAGCAACAGCCAGUGUGCUGCGUUUACGGCUGGCCUUCUCGAGGCAUUUCGAUAUUUCCAGGGUCAGAGGCAAGCUCAUAAGCAGGCGCAUGAACAACGCCGCCCGGCGAGACUUCAAGGAGUUCAAAUAGCUUGCGGUGGCUGGAAGGUCAUCCAGGUCGACGUCAUCAAGGACGCCCAGCUUCAUGUCCGGAAUCCUGGAUGCGCCACUUCCGCCGUGAUAGUCGAAGAGCAGCAGAUCACGCUCUUCCUCGCCGCCCUCGAGCGCCAGUGCGAGCAGCUCACUGACGAGGAUGCUACGACCGAGCAGUCGCAGCUGCACGAGAUCGCCAAGCAGGUCACCGACAGCCUCAGCCUACAGAAUAUCGCCCGGGUGCGCAGGAGGCCGAUGGUGUGGACGUGCGAGCGCGUGAUGAGCGACGAGGACAUCUCAUCGGCCUGGUACCGCGCCUUUGUGCUGCUGGCCGAUUGGGCGAUGAGCAUUCCGGAAUUCCGGAUACUUCCUCAGAACGAUCAGACAACCCUCUUCCGCCAGAACUUCAACACGUUCGGCUGGCUGCACUACGCCUACAAGUGCUUCUCGCACGGCCACAUGGCGAUGGGCACGCCGAUCGGCAACGGCUCCUACAUUCCCUACCAAGAUAUUGAUCUGAUCAAGCUUGGGCCAAAG